GACUGUCAGUGUCACAUGACCGACUGUGCCGCUGUGUUGUAGUCAGUUAGCACAGUGCAGCAUAUUAGCUCGUGGAGCCGGUGUGCUGAAGUUCGAUCCCGGUUCCUGGUGACUUGUUUAGGCUUGGGACCAUAGAUUACGGGAUGGACAUCCGAGGGGCCGUGGACGCUGCCGUCCCCACCAACAUCAUCGCUGCUAAAGCAGCUGAGGUUCGGGCCAACAUGGUCAACUGGCAGUCCUACCUGCAAAGUCAGAUGAUCUCUGCAGAGGAUUGUGAGUUCAUCAAGAAAUUUGAGAUGGCCAACUCUGAGGAAAAACAAGCCAUUUUAGCUAAAGACGGACAUCAGUGCGCAAAGACGUUCCUGAACCUGAUGGCUCACAUCUCCAAGGAGCAGACGGUCCAGUACAUCCUGACUCUGAUCGACGACACUCUGCAGGAGAACCAUCAGAGGGUGAACAUCUUCUUUGACUACGCCAAGAAGACCAAAAACACCGCGUGGUCCUACUUCCUUCCCAUGCUGAAUCGUCAGGAUCUCUUCACUGUACACAUGGCUGCGAGGGUCAUCGCCAAGUUGGCGGCCUGGGGCCGUGAUUUGAUGGAGGGAAGUGAUCUGAAUUACUACUUCAACUGGAUCAAGAGUCAGCUGAGCUCACAGAAUCUACAUGGUUCAGGUCACGAAACAGGAGCAGGAACUAUUUCCCCCAGUGAUAGCUCUCAGUAUGUGCAGUGUGUGGCUGGAUGCCUGCAGCUGAUGCUGAGGGUGAAUGAAUACAGGUUUGCCUGGGUGGAAGCUGACGGAGUCAACUGCAUCACGGCAGUCCUGAGCAACAAGUGUGGCUUCCAGCUCCAGUACCAGAUGGUCUUCUGCGUCUGGCUGCUGGCCUUCAGUCCUCAGCUCUGUGAGCAGCUGAGACGCUACAAUGUGGUUCCGGCCCUGUCCGACAUCCUGCAGGAGUCCGUCAAGGAGAAGGUCACUCGCAUCAUCCUCGCCGCCUUCAGGAAUCUUCUAGAGAAGUCUGCAGAGAGGGAGACUCGGCAGGAAUAUGCUCUGGCUAUGAUUCAGUGCAAAGUCCUGAAGCAGCUGGAGAACCUGGAGCAGCAGAAGUACGACGACGAGGACAUCACGGAGGACAUCAAGUUCCUGCUGGAGAGUCUGGGAGAGAGCGUGCAGGAUCUGAGCUCCUUUGACGAGUACAGCUCUGAGCUGAAGUCGGGCCGGCUGGAAUGGAGUCCCGUCCACAAGUCGGAGAAGUUCUGGAGAGAAAAUGCUGUGCGGCUGAAUGAGAAAAAUUACGAACUCCUCAAGAUCUUGACGAGACUCUUGGAGGUUUCCGAUGAUCCUCAGGUUAUCGCAGUGGCGGCGCACGACGUUGGCGAAUACGUGCGACACUAUCCACGCGGAAAACGGGUGAUUGAACAACUGGGUGGAAAGCAGCUGGUGAUGAACCACAUGCACCACGAGGACCAGCUCGUGCGCUACAACGCCCUGCUGGCCGUGCAGAAGCUGAUGGUCCACAACUGGGAGUACCUGGGCAGACAGCUGCAGUCCGGCGACCAGCAGCAGGCUCCAGCCGUGGCGGCUCGAAGCUGAGCUGCUCCGUGUUCCGGCGUUACCCAGCGGAUGAGUGAGGGUCCGCCCCGCCACCGCCUCCACGUCCGCUCCAACGACUGAACCAAACAUGCUUUGCCCGUCCAGCUGCAGCCCAGAUGAUCCUCAGUGUUUCCCCGUGAAGCUGUUCGUGUCGUGAUUUGUGGUGAUUUCAUGUGUAAAACUGCGAGUUAUUUAUGUUGUGAAACAGAUCAAUUCCAAUAAAGAUGUUUAAUUGUGCA